CACCCACCAAAAGAUGGAGGCCAUAUACCAAUUUGAGAAAAGGAUUGCAGAGAGUUUUGUGCCAAAAGAAGAGCUGACUGACCCACAGAGUAAAUACAACUUGAUGAACUUGACAGAGCUUCAGGGGAUGUUUGGAUUGCAGCUGAAUGUAACCCAUUUUAUGACGCUGAUAUAAUGAACCAAACUUUUGACCAAUCAUAUGAAGUGGUGGUGGUAACAAAGGACUACUUUCCUAGGUUGCAGAAAAUCUUAUCAGAAACUGAUCCACAGGUGGUGCAGGACUAUUUGAUAUUUCACCUAGUGCAGGCCAUCCCUGGUUACCUUCCACAGUCAUUUGCAGAUGCUGCUAUGGCAAUAAACAAAGUGGAAUUUGGUAUCUCAGACCUUCCACCACGGUGGAAACGGUGCAUAUCUAAAGCUGAAAGUGCUUUUGGCUUUGCAGUUUCUGCUCUUUAUGUAGAAGAACACUUUCCUCCAGAAAGCAAGGCACAAGCCUAUGAGAUUGUAUCAGCAGUUCGCUCAGCCUUUAUAGCUAACUUAGACAACGUUCCCUGGAUGGACCAAAAGACGCUGCAAACAGCCAAAAUAAAAGCACAGACAGCAGGCAUACAGCUGGGUUACCCAGACUGGAUACUUAAUGUCACUAAACUGGACAAAAACUAUGAAAUGGUUAAGGUGACUAAGGGGGCUUUUCUUGAUAGCUACUUCAGUGUCAGCCAGGCGGCCGCACUGAAUACAUGGUCACUUCUGGGGACUGUACCGGAUACAGAUAUGUGGAGCCUUAAACCUCACCAGGUAAAUGCUGUCUUCCGUUCAUCAUACAAUGAACUUGUCAUUUUGGCUGGCCUGCUCCAGAGACCAUUUUUUGACCCAAGGUAUCCUCUAUCAUACACAUAUGGUUCAACAGGUUCAAUUUCUGGUCACGAGUUGUCCCAUGGAUUUGACGAUAAUGGUCGUAAGUAUGACCAACAUGGAAAUCUCAAUGACUGGUGGAGUCCAUCAGCAUCACAAGCCUUCAGUGAGCAUACAAGCUGCUUGGUUGAAGAGUAUUCCCAAUUCUCUAUAUAUGGCAAGCAUGUGAAUGGAGAGUACACACUAGGAGAAAACAUUGCAGACAAUGGUGGACUCAAGAUGGCCUAUGCAGCCUAUAUGAAGCAGAGAGAUGGACAGCCAGAGCUGCGGCUGCCUGGCCUGUCUCUGACACCUGAACAGCUCUACUUUUUAGGUUUUGCGCAGAUCUGGUGCUCACAAUACACACCUGAGUAUGCAAUACACUCCAUUCUGACAGAUGAGCAUGCCAUAUCAAGAUUUAGGGUGCUGGGAUCAGUUGCAAACAGUCCUGCCUUUUCAAAAGCCUAUGGAUGUCCAGCAGCCAGCCCCCUUAAUCCUGUAAAGAAGUGUCAAGUCUGGUAGCACACACAGCUUCAGCAUCUUUGCCUUGUAUAGACUGUCCAGGCUACUGUUCCUGUAACCAAUUCAUGGAGCUGUUACAUCAUUUCAUGGACUGCUUCCUGUACAUGUGCAUCAUGAGGUCAAUGACAAUUUUCCUUUAGUCUUCAUACCAAUCUAUGGUUGAAGAAUAAAGGCACUUUUGUUCAGAUGUACAUGGUCACUUGUGAUGGCUUUUACAGACCUGUUUACCCUUACACGUUAGCCAGUCUUUAUGGAAAUCCACAGUAUUGUGUGAAUUAUAUUUAAGGCUUAAUAAUUAUUGGCAUUUUUAUGGCUGCUUUCUUAUCUUUUGGGGAUCUUAAGCUUGUCUUAAUGUUGGAUUGCUUUCAAACUGUUAUCCCAUAUUCUAAAUUUUGCUGCAGGAAAUGGGUUAUAUUUGAGCACUUGCUUCUGCAAAUUCUCACCAUACUUGAGGGUUUUAAAAAGAAAGGGCAUAUCAGGAUCUGUAUUAAUGGAGCACUCUUCACCCCAAGUGAGAUCACAGGCUGAUGAACAGCCAGUUGACAGGUGGAAGAUAGCAAAACAAAACCAGGUAAAGAAAAAUCAGGGUUAAGAUAUAUCUCACAGCAAAGUAGUUAAUAUCAAAGGAUGAAACAUGAACCAGAUGAAAGCAGUCUAAAAGAAUAUUUUAAUGUACUAUACUAUAGUAUAUAUAAUGUACUGUUUUGGUGAGAGAAAUCACAACUAUUAUACAUAAAUAGCAGAUGAUAUCCACUAUACUAGAACGUAAUUUAAAUUUAACAAAACAACAGAUAUAGCCCUUCUAUCAGUGCUCAAUAAAAGUAAAAGCAUUUCAAGAGUUAAUUUUAGAAAUGGCCUAGUUAAUCAGAGUGGAAUAAAACUGAACCAAAAAAUAAUUGGCCAGUACCCUUAUAUCAAGAUUGCUGGUAGAAAUUAGUGGUAAUGUCAUUUCAAUAAUAAAAAAAAUAUGCAUAUCUGAUUAAAUUAAUCUGCAUUUUCAAUAGUAUGCAUUGUAUUCUUCUGUAUAUAAAAUAUAUUUCAGUUCUAAGGGUAAAUGGGUCUGUUCUUACAUCUUUCAUGUAGUAUGAAUUGCUGUUUUGUAAUGAGAGCCUGUAUCAGUCUUGGUGUAUAUUAAGUGCAUUCGCAAGCCGACUUCCCUUUCAAGGGAUUUUUGUGAUACAUGCUAGGUCUACAGAAUCUGAAGUGCCUUAAAAGCUUUUUUCAAAUGUAUGGUACAUUACCAAGCAAUCUCUAAGUGUUCAAUGUUUAUAACAGAAGUUAAGAAAGGAAGCAUACAUUCUUUUCCUCCUACUCUUCCACAUUUGUAUGCACAAAGAUCAAUGUAGGAGGUAAACUGCACUCCAUCAAAUAGCUUGUGAUACAAGUUCCACUGCACAUCAAAUGUGAUGCCCAUUUCUUUUGAGCGCUGUAUAUAUUACAUGUUUAGCUCAUGAAAUGUACUUGGGCUGUUUUGUUGCAGUUGAUCUGUAAAUCAGAUAUUAUUUAUUUCAGCUUUUAUAAAUCCUUUUUUAUAUUUGCUGAUCUGUUUUCAAACCCAAGAUAUUUUUGGAACUAACCUUGACAUGUGAUACACUUAAGCUGCCUUUAGCAAUACCCUUGGUUGUGUUUUUCCUGCUAAUUAUUAAUUUAAUGUGCCUGAAUAGUUACUCAACCCUCCUUUUUUGAGGGUUUGCGCACAUUUUUCCCAGUCCUGUAAAAUGUUCUGAAAGUUUAAUGACAUACCAAAUAACUGAUGUUUUGCCAAAUUUGCAUCAAUCACACUUUUUUGGUGUGGGACUAAGAUCAAGUGCAAAAUGUUAACUGAAAAUAUUCCAGAUUUAUGUCACUUGAAAAAAUUUUUGAAGAAAAGAUUGUGUAGAUCUCUGACAAGUAAAAGUUAACAACACAA